AAACAAUAAAUUUCGAGUUAAUACCCAAGUCUUGCCAUUUUCGUCGUCUUCCCAACAAGAGAGAUUCCAGAGAGAAAAGAGAGGAGGAUGAGUUUCCAAGACCUCGAAGCUGGCUCUCGGUUUCAGCAGCAGCCCAAUCGUGGGAGGAAGCAGCAGCAGCAGAGACCUCUCUCACGUGGUGGGGAUCCGUCUCAGGAGGUAGCCGCGGGGAUAUUCAGGAUCAGCACGGCUCUCAAUUCCUUCUUCCGCCUCGUUAAUUCCAUCGGAACUCCUAAGGACACUCUCGACUUGCGUGACAAUCUGAAAAAGACUAGGUUGCAGAUAUCAGAAUUGGUUAAAAACACUUCAGCUAAGCUUAAAGAAGCUAGCGAAGCCGAUCUCCAUGGAGCAGCAGCUACUCCAAUUAAGAAGAUUGCGGAUGCUAAACUGGCGAAAGAUUUUCAAUCGGUUCUCAAAGAGUUUCAGAAAGCUCAGAGACUUGCUGCUGAAAGAGAAACUACAUAUACUCCUGUCGUCACUAUAGAUAUCCCUACCAGUUAUAAUGCACAGGAACUGGAUAGUGAAUCUUUAAGGACCUCUCAGCAGCAAACUCUUCUUCUACAAUCAAGGAGGCAAGAAGUAGUGUUUCUAGAUAACGAGAUAACAUUCAACGAGGCAAUCAUCGAUGAAAGAGAGCAAGGAAUUAGAGAGAUUCAAGAACAGAUUGGUGAAGUGAAUGAAAUCUUCAAAGAUCUAGCUGUUUUAGUGAACGAUCAAGGAGUCAUGAUCGAUGACAUCAGCUCUAACAUUGAUAACUCACAAGCUGCAACUGCACAAGCCACUGCUCAACUCAGAAAAGCAUCUAAAAUUCAGAGAGCAAACUCAUCUUUGACAUGUCUUCUUAUUCUCAUUUUUGGGAUUGUUCUGCUCAUUGUCAUCAUCGUUGUCUUGGUCUGAGCAUCGAACUCCAAGAAUCAAGCCAAAGACGAGUGAAUCAAAACUAUACAAAUUACCCCAAUAAAGAUAUAAACUAUUGUACAGAUUCUUUAUACUCCAUUUGUCUUUCCCAUGUAAUCGAAAUGAAUCUUGAUUUCUAAUUUUGUGAAUGUUGUAUGUGUUAAUCCAUCAUAAAGACUGUUAUAGCAAAAUAAAUAUGUUUAUCAUUUAUA